GAAUCACCCCUCCGCUCCCGGCUUCCGGGACAUCUUCCGUCCGUCCCGCUCUGCGGACCCAAGGAGAGAAAGGAAAACCGUUCCUCAGAGAGUAUCCCAGCAAGUGGGACCUAAAUACAUAUUCCUACACAGGUCUGUGUUCCCCCUCCUCAUGCAGAACUCCAUGAAAUGAAUAAAGCACCACAGCCUAUAGCAGGACCCCCGCACCCCGCCCCCUCCCCCGGCCUCCCACAGGCCAACUUUCCCCCUGGGCAACCUCCCUCCAUGGUCUUUGCCAGCCCACCGCCUCCACAAAUGAACCCCACACCUCAGCCCCGACAGUUCGCCCCCGGGCCCCGGCCUAUACACCAACAGGGAGGGUUCAGGUCGCUACAGCCAUACUACACCAACAGGUCAGGCCUGCCCUCGGGGGCCGGGCCCCGGGGCCUGCCCCCCAGCAGCGCCCCGCGGCCCGUGGCCCCCACCCACGUGUACCAGGCGGGACCCGGCUCCCAGAUGAUGAUGAUCCCCCAGCAACCGCUAGCCUUCCCCAGCUCCCCGCAGGGCACCGCCUACUUCAUUCCUGGACAGUACCGGCCCACCUACGUGACAACGCCCCAGCAGUACUCCCUCCCGGCGGGCACGCCCGGCUUCUACCCCAGCAGCACGGCGGAUUACGGUCAUUAUGCGGGGGCCUACUACCCGGCCCAGUUUGCGUCCCCUGUGCAGGCGGCGCCGGUCAUCAUGAGCCCCGCCCCGCAGCAGCAGCAGCAGCAGCAACAGCAACAGCAGCAGCAACAACAACAGCAGCAUCAACAGCAGCAACAACAGCAACAACAUCAACAACAACAGCAGCAACAACAGCAACAACAACAGCAACAACAGCAACAACAUCAACAACAACAGCAACAAGCACAUCAGCAGCAGCAGCAGCAGCAGCAGCAGCAGCAGCAGCAGCAGCAACAGCAGCUGCAGCAGCAGCAGCAGCAGCAGCAGCCGACUCCACCUCCACCUUCCCAGCACAUCGCCACCAAGCGUGAACGCAAACAGAUCAGAAUACGGGACCCUAACCAGGGGGGCCGUGACAUCACGGAGGAGAUCAUGUCAGGGGGUCGCAGUGGUUCCACGCCAACCCCACCACAGUCGAUACUAUCUGGAUCCGAGAGUCCAGCUGUGCCACAGGCCAACGGUGAGAGUGUAACAGCUGCCACUCAAACACUGGUCAGACCAGAUGACCGAGGGAAGCCCACGCCUCCCCCUCCUUCAAAGACCACCGAACUUUGCAAGGCUGAGCCGGCUGCCCCCCUAGAGGCCAGCCUCUCUGACACUCACACUAAGACUCCUCCCUCGCCGCUCCCCAGCGCAACCCCCCCCGCCCUUUCCUUGGACAGCCCGUGCCUCGCCGCCGACAUCAUGGACGCCCCCCCGCCCGCCCGGGAGCCUGCCCCAACACUGCCCCUCUCUGCCCCCGAGGUGCCGGCAUACCCGGCCCCCCUCCCCAACCCGGGCCCCAAGACGCCCAGGAGAGUCCUGCAGAGCAGAGCCGAGUCACUGCCGGAGAGCCCCCUGCAGAAGGCCCCGGCGCAGGAGCCACAUCCAAAGGAAGCCCAAGCGGCCGUUUGUGCCGACAUCACUGCGGCGGCUGCUCCGCCCGAGCCCUCCAACGGCACGGUGGAGGUGAAGCCGGUGGGGUCGUUGGUCGCCCCGCCACCAUCACCUGGCCCGCUAGAAGCCCCGCCGGGCUCCCCCAUUGUCCAGCCUGAGGAGUUGCGGCUGCCCAACGGCCUCCCGCUGCCUGCCCCCCAGGACCCCCAGGCCCCAGCCGCGACCGGCCUGUCGGAGCGCGACGACAGCCCCAUUGCCGAGCCCGAAGUCCAGGCGCCCCGGGUCCGCACACCCGACCUCCGGAAACCUGACCUCCACACGCUCCCCCGUGUGCCAGAGGUCGCCCCGGUGACGGCCCCGGUGACGGCCCCGGUGACGGCCCCGGUGACGGCCCCGGUGACGGCCCCGGUGACGGCCCCGGUGACGGCCCCGGUGACGGCCCCAGUCACGGCCCCGGUGACGGCCCCAGUCACGGCCCCGGUGACGGCCCCGGUGACGGCCCCGGUCACGGCCCCGGUCACGGCCCCGGUCACGGCCCCGGUCACGGCCCCGGUCACGGCCCCGGUCACGGCCCCGGUCACGGCCCCGGUCAAGGCGCAGUCUGCCCCCCAGGCGGUGGUCGCGGAGCAACCCCCCAUGGUGCCCAACGUGCAGCCAGAGCCCCCAACCAGUGCUCCCGUGCGGCCGCCAACCCCAGAGCCAGCGGCCACACCCGAUGCUCUUGUGAAAGAGGACCAGGCCGAGGUCCAGGAGCCGGUGAGUGUCCCCAAGGAGGAGGAGCAGGAGGUGGAGAGCGAGGAGGUGAAGGAGCAGCAGCUGGAGGUGAAGGAGGAGGAGAAGAUGAUAAUGAAGUUGAAGGAGGAGCAGCAGCAGGAAGUUAAGGAGGAGCAGGAGGUGGAGGCUCCAACAGAGAUGGUUUCUGACCCGGCACCGCCCCCCAUCAGAACGCACACCCCGGCCUCGGUGGAGAAGGAGGAGCCCAGCUCUGCUGUUGGGGAAACCGCUAUGCAAGCUGCUGUGUCCGUGCCAAAGAAGAAGAGGAAGAUGAAGGAGCUGAACAAGAAGGAGGCCGUGGGCGACCUCCUGGAUGCCUUCAAAGAGCAGGAGCAGGUGACUGAGGUCUCCCCAGAGCAGGAGCCCCUGGCCCUGGCCCCCGAACCCCCCUCCACGGCGACCACGCACGGCCCGGAGGACGCAGACCUCAGCUGGGAGGACAAGGAGGACAAGGAUAAGAAGCUGGACGCAGAGAAGACCCAGCCCCUCUCCCCCAAGUCUGCUGCAGACAAGAAGUACCAGUACAAAGAGGAACAAUGGAAGCCCUUGGACCCCGAGGAGAAGAAGAAGUACGACCGGGAAUUCCUGCUGAAAUGCCGCUUCAUCUCGGCCUGCAUGAGCAAGCCUGAAGGCCUGCCAGCCAUCACCGACGUAGUGCUGGACAAGGCAAAUAAGACCCCUCUGCGCCAGUCCGAGCCCAUUCGCUGCCCCGGCAUGAACUUUGGCCCUGACUUCACGCCCGCCUUCGCCACCUUCAGUGGCAGGUCUGGCAUGGGAGGCGGAGGAGGAGGAGGAGGUGGAGGAGGGGGAGGUGUUGGAGGAGGAGGAGGAGGAGGAGGAGGAGGCGGCGGAGGCAGAGGACCUCCUCCAGGCAUGGGCAUGGGCAUGAACAUGGCCGGGCCGCGCCGCCUCCAACAGGGGAAGGGGCCGCGCAAGAUCAUCACCAGCAUGUCCCUGGGAGAGGACGUGCAGCUGAACAAGGCGGAAAAGGCCUGGAAGCCGGGCGUGAAGAAGGCCACGCGGGCCGGUGGGCGUGAGCCGGAGGAGGCGGCGGCGGCGGGCGAGGGGGAGGACCCCGAGCACCUUAAGACCCAGGAGCUAUUCAAGCGUGUGCGCAGUGUGCUCAACAAGCUGACGCCGCAGAUGUUCCAGGCGCUAAUGAAGCAGGUGAUGGAGCUCCAGAUCGACACAGAGGAGCGGCUGAAGGGAGUCAUCGACCUCAUCUUCGAGAAGGCCAUCUCGGAGCCCAACUUCUCCGUGGCCUACGCCAACAUGUGCCGCUGCCUCUUGGGGCUCAAAGUCGGCACCACAGACAAACCAGGGCAGACGGUAAACUUCCGGAAGCUGCUGCUGAACCGCUGCCAGAAGGAGUUUGAGAAGGACAAGGACGACGAUGAGUUCUUUGAGAAGAAGCAGAAGGAGCUGGACGCCGCCUCUGAGGGCGAGAAGCAGAAGCUGAAGGACGCGCUGGAGGAGGCAAAGGACAAGGCCCGCCGGCGCUCGCUGGGCAACAUCAAGUUCAUCGGCGAGCUGUUCAAGCUCAAGAUGCUGACGGAGGUCAUCAUGCACGACUGCAUCGUCAAGCUGCUGAAGAACCACGACGAGGAGUCCGUGGAGUGCCUGUGCCGGCUGCUCUCCACCAUCGGCAAGGACCUGGACUUUGAGAAGGCCAAGCCCCGGAUGGAGCAGUACUUCAACCAAAUGGAGAAGAUCAUCAAGGAGAGGAAGACCACCUCCAGGAUCCGCUUUAUGCUGCAGGACGUUCUGGACCUCCGACGGAACCUCUGGGUGCCCCGGCGAGGGGAGCAGGGGCCCAAGACCAUCGACCAGAUCCACAAGGAUGCGGAACUGGAGGAGCACCGCGAGCAGAUGAAGGUCCAGCAGGCCAUUCUCUCCAAGUCCAGCGGCGGAGACCGCAUGGGAGGAGGAGGAGGAAGAGGGGGAGGAGGAGGAGGAGGUGGAGGCCGUGAGGGCCGCGGAGGACAUCAUACCCCCGGCCGGGGCAGCCAGCCCCAGGACGAGGGCUGGAACACGGUGCCCAUCAGCACAAAGAGCAGACCCCUGGACGCCCUGCGUCUCAGCAAGAUCACCAAGGCUCCAGUCCUGGACAACCAGGUGCUCGCCCCGAGCAGCGACACGUGGGGCAACUGGGGCAAGGGCAGUAGCGGAGGCUCCACCACCAAGCCCAACCCCACAGACUCAGCCCCCGACUCUGGUAACCGUCCGGCCACCAGCACCCUGAACCGGUUCUCGGCCCUGCAGCCUUCCUCCCAGGACUCUGACAGACGCGUGCCUCAGAGGAACAGCUCCAGUCGGGAGCGCGGCGACCGCUAUGAGCGCUCGGACCGCGGCCCCGGGGACCGUGGCUUCGACCGCCGGGACCACCGCCUCCCGGCCGGCAAGCGCAGCUUCAGCCGUGAGAAGGAGGAGCGCAGCCGGGAGCGCGAGCACCGCGGCUCGGCCGACCCCGUCCGUCGCGUGGCCAGCAUGACCGACGACCGCGGGAGCCGCGAGCGCCCCAGCAGCAAGGACAACGCAGUGAAGCGGCCCUCACGGCCGUCGACCCCCACCCCCCUACCCGUACCGACGGUCACCAAGCCGGCCUUGACCGAGGAGGAAGUGGAGAAGAAGUCCACCGCCAUCAUCGAGGAGUACGUCCAAAUCAACGACCUGAAGGAGGCGCUCCAGUGUGUUCAGGAGAUGGCCAGCACGGAUCUGCUCUUCGUGUUCGUGCGGAACGGGCUGGAGUCGACGCUGGAGCGCAGCACCGUGGCCCGGGAGCGCAUGGGCCUGCUGCUGCAGCGCCUGGUGCAGAACUCCACCCUGCCACCACAGCAGUACUACAAAGGGCUCCAGGAGAUCCUGGAGGCGGCCGAGGACAUGUCCAUAGACGUCCCUCACAUCUGGCAGUACCUGGCCCAGCUGCUGGCCCCCAUGCUGCAUGAGGGGGGCAUCCCCAUGGGUCCGCUCUUCAGGGAGAUCACAAAGCCCCUGAUACCCCUGGGCCAGGCCGGGGUCCUGCUCGUCCACAUCCUCCUCGUCCUCUGCAAACCAAAGAGCCAUAAGAAGGUGGGCGCCAUGUGGCAGGAGGCGGGACUUAGCUGGAAGGACUUCCUUCCCGCCGACCAAGACGUUAACAAGUUUGUGACGGAAAAGAACGUGGAGUUCACGCUGGUCCAGGAGGCGGAGGCGGCGGGCCCAGGCGCGCUGAGCCCCGCCCAGCUGAGCCAGGGUCUGGAGCAGCUGCUGAAGGACAAGGCCGACAACCAGAGCAUCCUGGACUGGGUGGAGGCCAACCUGGACGAGGAGCAGACGUCGUCCAACGAGUUUGUCCGAGCUCUGAUGACCUGCGUGUGCCGGUCGGCCAUCUACGAGAGCCCCAACAAGGUGGAGGCCAAGCAGAUGGGUCGUCUGGCGGAGGUGCUGCAGAAGUACCUAAACACGGAGCACAAGGAGCUGCAGGCACUCUACGCCCUGCAGGCCCUCAUGGUGGAGCUGGAGCAGCCGGCCAACCUGCUGCGGAUGUUCUUCGACGCGCUGUACGACGAGGACGUGAUCAAGGAGGAGACCUUCGAUAAGUGGGGCUCCAGCAAGGACCCGGCCGAGCAGCAGGGCAAGGGCGUUGCCCUCAAGUCUGUCACCAACUUCUUCACCUGGCUCCGGGAGGCCGACAUCGAGUCGGACAACAGCUAGGAUCCACCAUGCACCUCCUGGAGGACUGGGGGGGGGCGGCGCCUACACAUGUAUAUCUAAAACCAGAAGAGAUGUGCGAUGCUCUCUACCAAUCGGAGGAUGCUGAAUCCAUCAAAUCCAUCUGCAUAAACAGACAAAAAACCUAGAAAAAGAUUCUUCACCUGGGAGAGAUUGUAUUACGGAUCGGACUUCGAUCUUUUUGUUUUUGUUUCUGUGCGACUUUCUUCUUUUUGUUUUAUUUUAUUAGGAUAAAAAAUAUCUUGCGCUGCUCAACGUCCGCUUUAACUAACGAAACACGACAUUAACAGAGACAGAAGCAGAGGAGGGACGUUCUCAGUAUUCUCUUAUGUUUUAGGUCCACUUUUAAACACGGUGACACUACUCAGCUCAUUGUGCUGAUGAGGGACGCGCUAACUGGCUGCUCACAACGCUCUCUUUGUGGAGGACUUACUGGACACCCGUGCCCGGGGGGUCCUGGGACGUCCACAGGCAUGUCUUCUAGGGGAUGUCCUGGGACAUGUCUUCUAGUGGACACCCCACCAUGUGUCCCUGGACGCCCCAGGAGACGUCUCUUAGGGGACACCCCCGGACACCUCUCUUAGGGGACGCCCCAGGACACGUCUUCAAGGAGAUGUCCAAUGGCGUGUCUCCUAGGGGCCGAGCGUAUGUUUGUUGUUUGACUUUUUUUUGGGGUGACUGAUGAAUUUGGAGUGCGCUCUCUUUUAUUUCUCUUUUUAAUAAUAAAAUCAGAAAAACCAAACAAAGGAAUGCGGGCGACUUAAGGGUGGUUUAGUUUAGUUUGUUAGGGAUGGUGUCUGCUGCGGUGAACAGGAGAGUGACAGACGGGGGCUGGAGGGGUGGGCGGCGCUGGAACAUCGGUGGACCUUUCUGCUGCUGGGGAGCUGACAAAGCUGUCCUUAUGACCACGUCGCCACGCCCACCCCCUGCCCGCCACGCGGUCGUGGUUCCGCUGGUCUCCUGGGGACGGAGGUUUUAAUCAUUCAGAUAUCAUCGUUAUCCAAACUCGAAGCGAAAUUACAAAAUGCUUAAUAAUUGAAAAAAUAGAAGAUAGGAAUAAAAGAGUUGGAACAGUUCGAAUCCUAAAGCCUUUUCUGCUUCCAUGAGUGGAAAUGCAUUUCAGGAGAGUUCUGUAAAUAUAUAUAAAUAUAUAUAUUAUAGAUAUUUUUGUUUUCUUUUCCAAGAUGAAAUGCAAAUGUACCUCCAUGUAAUGUUCACCCCCCCCCCUGAAAGAAGACCCACUACCCCCUCUCUAUUUAUAUUUUCUCUCCCCCGCUGGCAGAAGUGUACCCCCCCCCCCCAGCCCAGCCAUCACAUUGAUUAUCGGUCCAUCAUUGAAAACAUGUAAAUACUUCCCCCCUUUUUUGCUUUACUUUAAUAAAAAAAAAAGAUAUUUAAUUAAAAUAAAACGAAUGCCUCUUUUCAUGUCCAAAACUGGAAAAGAUAAUAAAGAACAUUGCAAAUAAAAACGGAACUCAAAAACA